AUGAACCGAGGAAAACUCCAUGCCCACAGCUAUUUUUGUUCUCAUUCUUCUUUCUUACUUUGUUUCUUUGUUUCUUUCUUUCUAUCACAGUCAUUUCAUUAUCUCUCUCUCUCUCUAUCUAUCUAUCUAUCUAUCUAUCUAUCUAUCUAUCUAAUUAAAUUCCGAGCUAUCUACAGGGAGCGAUGCGUAAACUCUAGAUCAUUGUUAUCAUAUCAAUUGGAAGCAAACAUAAGGGCAAAUCGAUUGAAUCAUAAUGAUCAUCAUGCCUUUCCGAAUAAUAUAAUACUAUCUAUCUAUCUAUCUAUCUAUCUAUCUAUCUAUCUAUCUAUUUCGCUAGAAAGCAAACUAGCUGAUUCGGUUUAUUAUCUAUCAUCAUAUAAUCUGUUUAUCUAUAUAUCUGUCUCCCUCAAAUUUCUCUCUCUUUCCUCCUCCUCUUUUUAUUCUCCUUCGAUCAAUUAG